UUGGAGCGAGAUUCAACUGUAACAUUAGCAGAGUCGAGCUGUGGGGAGAGCUCCGCUUGGAUCCCUGUCAUGAAGACAGGCGCAAGACUUGUGGUUGUUUGGGAAUGGCAGAGAAAUUAUGCUUCUUAGACGGAAACGUACCGAGACAGCAGCUGGUGAUGUGGGCUCCGGUAGCGACAGUGAUGGAGAGGACAGGCGCGCGCCUGCCAAACCCCGACCGAAGCGGAGACGCAUCCUGGACCCCUCGGCGAUCGCCACCGUCCAGAUUUACUCCAACAAGGUGGACAGCAGUUUACAGAUCCAACCUUUAUCCUUCCAGCCAGUUAGUUUACAAGAGGGAGAAGCAGAGGAAGUGAGGUCACAGGUCCCGGUGCAGAGGAAGGCGGCGGCUGCGGAGUGCAUCGAGUUAUCAGACUCAGAGGAGGAGAGGGAGCGGCCCAGACAACUACCACAGUGCACUAUGCGGUCUCCCUCUCCUCCUCCUUCAUCCUCUGGUCCACUGCAAGCCUGCAGGAGGCCCAACCGCAAACUUAUGGAGAUUAACAGGAAGUUGGAUUCCAUUGGCUCCCUGCUGAGUCCGUCUCCAGAGCGGCCGGGUCUUGCUGCUGAGCAGGACCAGUCGUUUGCUGAGGAAGAUUACGGCGAUGACGAUGAAGAAGACGAUGAUGACGAUGAUGAUGAUGAUGAUGAUCUGGUCAUCGUGGACACACAGCGGAAGCCGCGGGUCCGGAAGCCUCGACCGCGAGGACAGGAGGCCCGGCACGUUCCUCUCAAGUUCCGCUGCAGAACUGAAAUCUUCAGAAUCCCUCUGCUCACGACAGCCCCUCUGAAGCUGGCGGUGGAAGAGCUGUCACUCAGACUGAAGGUCCCGCCCUCUCGCCUGCUGCUGCUGAGGAAGGAGGCGGAGCUUCCUGUCACCUCCACGCUCAGCCAGCUGGGCCUCGGCAUCGCCGACAUCAUCGACUGCGUGGUGAUCAGUGAAGACACCCAUGAACAGGACGAUGGUAACCACGGUGAGAGUGAUGUCAUCACUGUGCGAUUCCAAGGCAAGGAGAAGGGUUCUCAACAGGAGUACUCUGUAGGCAAGCGUGAGCCGCUGGGUUCUGUUCUGACGCGCUACGCGUCCCAGCUGCCCCCGGGCCUCAGGAGCAAGACCCGCUUCCUGUUCGACGGGUCAAAGGUCAGCCCCACCCACACACCCUUUGACCUGGACAUGGAGGACGGCGACGUCAUCGAGGUGUGGUUCUAACGCCCGUUUCCAUGCCAACCGCAGCGUGUCCACAUGCAUUUCUGUUUUGUUUGUUUUGUUUGUUUAUUUUCCUGAGCACUUUUCUCUCCUAUAAUAUGUUUAAGGCCCCUUAUGGCUGUGUCUGAGAAUCAAUAACUGGAUUUCAUUAAUUUAAAUAUUGUACAAUUUGUAAUAUGUCAUUUGUAAUGAAAUAAAGUUAAAUACUGGGGGAUUUUCCUUGAAAAUGU